AUGACGAUCUCCUGCGGAUUCUUCUCCCACGUCCCGAAUCUCCACUCCUUCUCCCUCAACAGGGCCUUCACCAAAGUUUUAGCUUCGACCCAGAUCACAAUCUCCCCCAAAGAUUCCGUCUUGACGCUACCCAACUGGAGGGACUCUCCGAACAAUCCCAAUCCAAAUCCCAGUGCGAGAAGCAAGGAAUCAAGACAAACCGAAGAGUUCUACAAUCUGGAGCACAAGGUGGCCAAGGGGCAGAAGCCGGACGUCAUUAAAGCGACCCAAUUGAUGUACGACCUCUGCAAAUCGGACAAGCUCAAGAAAGCAAUUCGAGUCAUGGAGAUGGUGAUCCACUCCGGGAUCAUCCCUGACGCAGCUUCCUGCACUUUCCUGGUCAACAAUCUCUGCAAGAGGGGAAAUGUUGGGCACGCGAUGCAAUUGGUGGAGAAGAUGGAGGAAUUCGGACUCCCUACGAGCAGUACAACUUAUAACUCACUUGUUAGAGGGCUGUGUAUGCAGGGGAAUUUGAAUCAGUGCUUGCAGUUCAUCGACAGGUUGAUACAGAAAGGGCUUGUCCCCAAUGCAUUCACUUACUCGUCGCUGCUCGAGACCGCGUAUAAGGAGCGAGGAGCGGACGAGGCAAUAAAGCUUCUGGAUGAGAUCAUUGCGAAAGGAGGAAUGCCUAAUCUGGUCAGCUACAAUGUGCUGUUGACUGGUUUGUGCAAGGAAGGGAGGAUUCACGACGCGAUUCGGUUGUUCAGGGAGCUGCCUUCCAAAGGGUAUAGUCCCAAUGUGGUGAGCUACAACAUACUGUUGAGGAAUUUGUGUUAUGAAGGGAGGUGGGAGGAGGCGAAUGAGUUGUUAGCAGAGAUGGAUGGGGAGGAAAGGACUCCCUCUGCUAUUACUUACAACAUACUGAUAAGCUCGCUGGCGAUGCAUGGGAGAACAGAGCAUGCCCUCCAAGUGCUCGACGAAAUGACGAAGGGGGCGGCUCACAGGCCGACAACUGCGACCUACAAUCCGAUCAUCGCUCGUUUGGCAAAGGAGGGAAUGGUGGAGAUGGUGGUGAAGUGUUUGGAUCAGAUGUUGUAUCGUCAUGUCAUGCCUAAUGAUGGAACCUACAGUGCCAUAGCGGUGCUAUGCGAGGAAGGUGGGAACAAGGUGAAGGAAGCCUUCACCAUCAUCAAAACGUUGGGGAACAAGCGGAGUGCUUCCACUCACGAGUUCUACAAAGGGGUGCUCGCCAGCUUGACGAGAAAAGGGAACACCUACGCGGCAUUCCAGCUUCUGUACGAGAUGACUAAAGAUGGUUUCACUCCCGACUCCCACACAUACUCAUCGUUGAUCAGGGGGCUGUGUGUGGAAGGGAUGCUGAACGAGGCGUUGGAAAUCUUCCGGCUGCUGGAGGACAGCCGGUACAAGCCUGUGGUGGACAAUUUCAAUGCACUCGUGCUAGGGUUUUGCAAGUGCAGGAGGACCGAUUUGGCACUGGAGGUCUUUGAGAUGAUCGUGGAGAAAGGGUACUUGCCUAAUGAGACGACUUACACGAUUUUGGUAGAAGGGAUUGUGCACGAAGGGGAGAAGGAGUUGGCUGCCGAAGUCUUGAGGGAGCUGUAUGGGCAGGGAGUGGUGAAGUUGAAUACCUUGGAGAGGCUUGUCAUGCAGUAUGACCUCGAACUCGAAGGGCUGAAUGUUUAA